UUCACUUUUGCUUUGCAAUAAUAGGCCCAUUUCUGGCCCAACUCUCAUUCCCUCUGUCUCUCUCUCUCUCUCUCUCUCUGGUUCUGAUAUUACUUUUCCGACUCAUUUUUCUUUUUCCCGGAAAAAAAGUUGUCCUUUUUGUGAUCAUCGAAUUCAUGUCGGAAAAGGGUAGACCUCUCCCAAAAUUUGGUGAAUGGGAUGUCAAUGAUCCUGCUUCAGCAGAAGGGUUUACUGUGAUUUUUAACAAGGCUAGGGAUGAAAAAAAGACAGGUGGCAAACCUGAGUCACCAACCAAGGCUGCUCAGAAUAAUGUCAGGCCUGGAGUGGAUCCUAACAGGCCACCAUCUAAAAAAUGGUUUUGCUGCAUGGCCCAACCACCUACACAAUCUUGACAAGGUUCCCUACAUGUAAGUGCCUUCAACAGAAGAGCAUGUUGUUCUGUAACUGGCUCCACCAUAUUUUUCCAAAGAAGAUAGGAGCUGUAUAGCAGUGAUGGAUUUAUUGUGUGGCGUAAAACUUUGUGAUGGGAGGAGUAAAGAAGGCAAAAUACUUAUUGUAUCUAUAUUGUCUGAUGUGAUUGUUAUUAGAUGCCAAUCUGUUUCCGUCUUUGUCUCUAUGCUACACACUUUAGAGCUUUGCUCAUGACAUUCUUUUCUUCCCUAAUUGUACUAUCAAACUAGUCUUGUUUGUGAAACGAUUUUCUAUUUUCUUUUGAAAUUUCCUACAACUCUUUUCAGGCUGUAA